CAUUUCAGGGAUUUUGUUCUUGUAUUCAGACGUAUUUUGAUGGAACAGCUGAUCAAAUGACAACUCAGAGGUGUCUCAUCUCAUAAUGGAAGCAUCAACAAGUAGUGAAGACGUGCCUCAGACAUCUGUAGCUGCUCAGGUUCCAUUUCGGCAUUUAUGUACAACCUUAGAGAAAAUACAGAAAGCGAAGGCUCGGCCAGAGAAAGCCAAGUGUCUCUCCGAUUUCAUUGAUUCAUGGCGAAAGUUUCAUUCCGCUCUUCACAAGGACAAACCAAAGACCCCUGACUCCUUCUAUCCAGCCUUACGUCUCAUCGUUCCCCAGUUUGAGAGGGAACGGAUGGCUUAUGGGAUCAAGGAAAGCAUGUUAGCAAAACUGUUCAUUGAAGUCUUGGGCCUUCCAAAAAAUGGUCCAGAGUCAAAUAAACUUCUCAACUAUAGAGCUCCAACUACGUCUCAGGGGGAGGCAGGUGAUUUUGCCAUCAUGGCUUACUUUGUUUUGAAGAAGAGGUGUAUGAGCCAGGGAAACCUAACUAUUAAAGAGGUAAACGAUUUCUUGGAUUCAGUUGCUGUCAACAAUGCUGCUAAAAAGAAGGAGCUUGUCAAGAAAAACCUUCUACAUCUGAUAACGCAUAGCUCAGCCUUGGAGCAGAAGUGGCUAAUCAGAAUGAUCCUGAAAGACAUGAAGUUGGGCAUAAGCAAAGAGACAGUGCUUCAAGUGUUCCAUCCAGAUGCUGUGGAGUUGUACAAUGUCACAACUGAUCUUUGCAAAGUGUGCCAGAAGCUUCAUGAUCCUUCUGUGAAUCUUAGUGAUGUGUCCAUUGAGCUGUUUUCAGCUUUCAAGCCCAUGCUAGCAGCUGUUGCCAACAUCAAGCAGGUAGAGAAGCAAAUGAGCAAUCACAGUUUCUAUAUUGAGACAAAGCUGGAUGGUGAACGCAUCCAACUGCAUAAAGAUGGAGAUGUGUACAAGUAUUUUACACGCAACUCUUUUGAAUACACUCAACAAUUUGGGGCAUCCCCGUUAGAAGGCUCUUUGACCCCUUACAUUCAUGAUGUCUUCAAGCCUCAUGUGAUAAGGUGCAUCUUGGAUGGUGAGAUGAUGGCAUACAACCCCACUGCUGAAACCUUUAUGCAAAAGGGAAGCAAGUUUGAUAUCAAAAGGCUAGUUGAGGAUUCUGAUCUCCAAACCUGUUUUUGCAUCUUUGAUGUUCUUUUAGUUAAUGACCAGAAAUUUGGACAUGAGACACUAAAGAAACGUUAUGAAACUCUGCAUACUGUCUUCACUCCAAUAAAGGGCCGAAUGCAUUUGGUGCCAAAAAAAGAAGCUCGAACCAUGCAAGAAGUGGUGAAUGCCUUAAAUGAAGCAAUCGACAACAGAGAAGAAGGAAUCAUGGUAAAAGAUCCCUUAUCUAUUUAUAAACCAGACAAGAGAGGAGAAGGGUGGCUCAAGAUAAAACCGGAAUACGUGGAUGGUCUGAUGGAUGAGCUUGACCUGUUGAUCCUUGGGGGCUACUGGGGGAAAGGAACUCGAGGUGGGAUGAUUUCUCAUUUUUUGUGUGGUGUAUCAGAAACUCCUAAACCUGGAGAGAAGCCAACAGUGUUUCAUUCUCUCUGCCGCAUAGGUUCAGGCUACACCAUGAAGGAGCUGUAUGAUUUGGGCCUAAAGCUUGCUAAGCACUGGAAGCUCUUCCGUAAAACAAAUCCGCCAGCAUCCAUACUAUGUGGCACAGAGAAACCAGAAGUUUACAUUGAUCCCUGUAAUUCAGUGAUUAUUCAGGUUAAGGCUGCUGAAAUAGUGGGUAGUGAUAUGUAUAAAACAAAUUGCACUCUCCGUUUUCCUAGGAUUGAGAGGAUCAGAGAAGAUAAGGAAUGGCACCAAUGCAUGACACUAGAUGAUCUUGACCAGUUCAGGAAUAAGUGCUCUGGAAAACUAGCAUCAAGGCACCUAUGUGUCAAUGAAGAUGAACCAGAAAAGAAGAAGCGGAAGGUGGUGGCAAAGCCAAAGAAGGUCAUUGGUAUUAUUGACCACUUUAAAUCUCAGGAUCUGUCUGGUGUCACAAAAGAGUCUAGCAUGUUUGAAGAUGUGGAGUUCUGCAUCAUGAAUGGAAGUGAGGAGCACCCCAAGGCAGACUUGGAGAAAGGAGUAGUGAAAUGUGGUGGAAAUGUAGUCCAGAAUCCAAGUCAGGACACUUACUGUGUGAUUGCAGGUGUGGUGAACAUGAGGGUAAAGAACCUGAUUUCCUGCAACCAGCAUGAUGUGGUCUGGGCUCCCUGGCUGCUGGAGUGUUUGGAGAAGAAGCAAUUUGUGCCAUGGCAACCCCGUCACAUGAUUCAUAUGUCGCCAUCCACACAGCAGCACUUUGCCAAGGAGUAUGACAAGUUUGGGGACAGUUACUAUGCUGACACCAAUGAGCAGGAGUUGAAGGAGGUUUUCUCUAGGGUUGAUAUCAAGGAUAAAGAGAUGCCAUCCAUUGCCAAUGUGGAGUCACAGUAUGCCUUGGAUGACUUGCCUACCAACAUGUUCAGACCAUUCCGAGUUUAUUUAGACCGCUGCACCGAAAUUGGAGAUCCCAGGAGCCUCAUAUGCGGGACUUGCUUGGACAUACGGGCUCUGGAGUUUCGGUUCCAUGGGGGAACAGUGGUGUCUGAGCUGACAGAAGGGGUCACUCAUGUUAUCGUUGCUGAGGAGACUCGACUCCUCGAUUUCAGAACACUGAGAAGGCUGUUUGCCAAAAAGUUUAAAAUUGUGAGAGAAUCCUGGGUGACAGACUGUAUUAAAGCAGGACAUUUACUGAAUGACAAUGAAUACCUUGUGUAAUGCUCAAAGUCAAUACAUAAAACAAUGUUAUGGAUGUGCAGUUCUGUGCAUGCAGGAGUAAAACUUAAGUGAAGCGUUAGCCUCCUUUGCAUACAUGUUAGUAAAGAGUCUAAAAGCAAAAUAGUUUUUGAACUGAUUUGCGAUAUAUCAAGUUAUCAAGUUAUUUUAGCUGCAAUAACAGUAAAUUAUGUAUUUACAGCUGUGCUUAACCCCUGGAGUAACAUUUACUUACACUGGAGUUCAGGUAAUAUGGUAAUUUCAGAAACUUUGUGUGAAAGGAAUGAAAAUGCUAAUAUCCGUGUUGGUACAGUUACUGAUGAUGCAGCUAAUAGUGCCUGA